AUGACUCAGCAGCAGCAGGAACAUGCGAAGGGCCAGCCCGCGGGCUUCAAGAACCGCGUCGAAAACAUUGCCAUUGUCGGCGUAGGAGGCAGGAUCGGCAAACGCAUGACCAAAGCACUGCUGAAGACAGGAAGGCACAAGGUCACGGCUCUGACGCGACCUGAGAGCACCACCAAGCCGGCAGAGGGUCUCGUCGUCAAGAAGGUAGACUACAACGACCACGCAGCGCUGGUUGAGGUUCUCAAGGGUCAGGACGUCCUGAUCAUCACGAUGGCCGUCAUGGCGCCCAAGGAGCCGGCGAUGCCCAAUGAGUACGGGAUCGACAAGACAAACGCGUCGCUUGCCAAGGACGUCCUGAUCGCGGGGCCCUUAAUCAAGACUUGCGAGUACAUUGAGAGUCGGGGCCUCUUCUGGGUCGGCCUGACGUGCGGCCUCUGGUACGAGUUCAGCCUGGCGGGCGAGGACUGCCGGUAUGGGUUUGACUUCACGACCAAGACAGUCACGUUCUUCGACGAGGGCACCACCAAGAUCAACACCAGCACCUGGGAUCAAUGCGGACGUGCUGUGGCAAGUCUGUUCAGCCUCAAGGUCCUCCCCGAGGACGCACACAACACGAGUCCGAGCCUCUCCCAGUUCAGAAAUAAACCCAGUUAUAUUUCCUCCUUCCUGCUGAGCCAGCGCGACAUGUUGGCCUCCGUGCUCCGAGUAACCGGCGCAAGGGAUGGGGACUGGACCAUCAAACACGGGAACGCGCAGGAGCGGUACAGGAAAGCCGUGGAAAACAUGCAAAAGGGGGAUAUGUCUGGGUUCGUGAGGCUUCGGUACACGCGGGUCUUUUAUCGCGAUGGAGGCGGUGAUUAUGAAUCGGCCAGAGUCACAGCGAAUGCGCUCCUAGGUCUAGCGGAGGAGGAUCUGGACGAGGCGACUAGGUGA